AUGUCAAAGAGUUUCAAAAUUUUACAUUUGGCCAUUUCUGAAUAUGAUGUGGUUCAGUUUUCGAAGUUUAUUUCUCUAUUAAUUUCUUCAAAGCCAUUUAUCAAAGCGAUUGUUUUGAAAAGUUUUAAGACUUUUAAGACUGACUCAUUAUCAGAAAAGGAAAAGCUAGUUGGAUCAUCACUUGCAAGUAUUAUUUCGUGCGUUGUAUCAGUAUAUUUUUACUACCCCAAAGCAUUUUUGUUACACACAGUUUCAUGGUUUUACUUUGUAUUUGGGGUAGACUACGGAUAUAGACUAUUUGAACACAAGCAGUUAAAGAAGAUUGAAUAUAAUGAAGUCCAAGGAGUUUCUGUGAAUGAUCUUCAAAGAAAAUCAAUACUGGUUAAGAGUUUUAAUCACCUUCGUAACAAAUCUUGGUUAAUUUUUCCCCUUGCAGUAUCCUAUACUUGGAAAGAAUAUAUAAUGUAUCCAGAGAAUGUACAUGAUUUGGUACAUAAAUACUUCGGUUUCAUCAAUAAUAGCCUCUCAGGAACUUUUAUUGAAGGCGAUAUGCUUUCUUUAUUGCGUUGUUCUUCGACAUCAAACGUAAGGAUCAAGUUGAACUUCAAAACUUUAUUUACAAGGAAUUUACCUCAAAUUUAUUCUGAAGUCCUUAAAUAUGCUUUUCCUUUAAUGGUGGCAAAACAUUUGAAACAAAACAUUAAUAUUUAUAACAAUACAUGUGAAAAACACAAGUUUAACAUAUUACAUAUGUUGAAAACUGCUUUAAAGGAAUCAGUUAAAUUCACAACGUUUUUUACAGCAGUACCAACCCUGCUAUUUAUUUUGACAUCUUUCUUUUCCCAGUAUAAGAGUACUCAUGGGUAUAAAUUAAGAGUCAUAGGGUUUAUUGGUGGGUUAUUUGCAUUCUUAUAUAGACGGGGAAAAUGCAACCGUUUCAGAGGAAGUUCAGAAAAUACAGCACUGACAAAUAGGGAAUUUUGGCUUACCAUCUUCAGAGAAACUGUAAUUGCAUCAACUAGCGUUGCUUAUAUGAAAGGCCAAACAAAAAAGAAUAAAGGGUUUAGAAAUAUGGAAAAUAUUGAUAGAGUAGCAUUUAUCAUUGGUUUGUCAACUAUAAUUUGUAUCCAGGAUUAUUUAUCGAAAUAUUCUGAAAUAAUGGAAUAUAUUUUCAAGGAUGCAAAGUUUCUUUCGCGAUUAAACAAUAUAGUUGAAAGCUCUAGUCUAUUUUUGUUUAAUUAG